GUAUGAGGCGCAGCAGAAAUGCCACAAUAAAAAUGCAGCAAAGUUUAGUAAAAAAAGAAAAUAUAGGAUAGAGCCUCUUUAAUCAUAAAAACCGACAUCCCGUGGCUUAACAUAACCUGCUAGCUUACAAAAAAUCAUUUUGAAUAUAGAAAAUUGCAACACACUCAACUGUCUGAUAACUUAUUCACCGACAAACAAUUAAACUAGGUACAACUAACUGUCAAAAUUGUGCUGCAUUUUAGUUCUAUUUCAAUGCUUGUUGUCUUUUUAGCGCCUAAUAUGUGGGGGCACGUCACACACGUGUUGUGUGUUGAGAGCUUUCGCGGAUGUUGAAUUUCAGGGGUAUUAUCGUUGGUGAGUUUUGUAGAUCAUGAGUAAGUCCAUUCCAGCAGAGGAGCUUGAUGGAGCGGACAUGCUUGCUGAGGAUGAUGUCAUUGAACAUAUCCCACAGGAGGUUGAUUCAAAGAAACUGCUUGGAGAUGGCUGGGAGUUCGCGGCACCAAAGACGAUUGAAAAUGAGGCCGACCUAGGCGCCGGCGACUCCGCGGACAAGAAGCAGCAUUUCGAGGGUCUCGCCAAGCUGAGCGAGGAUGGCCACAGUCUCGCCGAAUACUGCCAGGCUAUGGGACUCGACGACGACGAUGCAGAUACCCGUCAGCCGUUCGCCAUCCUGCGGACCAAGAUGACCGACCUGCUGGGUGACGGCGGUGUGAUGAAAUGGGUGAAGGUGCCCGGCGCCGGGCUCCAGGUGCCCCCCGGCAGUCGCGUCACCGUGCACUACGUUGGACAGUUCGAGGGCUUUGACGAGCCGUUUGACUCGACCUAUAUGAGGAACCGCGGACGGCCGGAGACGCACCUGGUGGGAGAAAAUAGCCAGCUGCUGCCCGGCCUGAACCACGCCAUACUGUCGAUGAAGAAGGGAGAGACGGCCCUGGCUCUCAUCAGUCCCGACUACGCGUUCGGAAAACUCGGCUGUGGCCCGCGCAUCCCGCCCGAGUCGGAGGUACUGUUCGAGGUCACGCUAGUCUCGUUCACGGACUCGUCUGACGCUGACGAGUUUGACGAACUCACUGAGGAGCAGCAGAAGCGCGCCACGUUCGAGCAGCGCAUCCGCGCCAUCCGCGCCCACCACAAUAAGGGCAACGACGAGUACAAGCGCGGCGAGUUCGCCCAGGCGGCCCGAAGCUACCGUGACGCCAUCCGUGUGUUCCUGGUCAACAUGUCCUUCAAAAACGAGGAGGAACACCGCGAGGCAAAGCACGUGAUCUUCAAAGUGAUGUCGAACCGCGUCCAAGCUCUGCUCCAGAUGGCCCAGUGGAAAGAGGCUGCCAAGCAGGGUCGCCAGGCGCUCCAUUAUGAGGACGCGGCCGGCGACCCGGACCUGCAGAGGAAGCUCUACACACGUCUUGCGAAGGCCAUGAUCUACAUCCCCGAGUUUGAGGAGGCAUCUCGUCUGCUGAAGCGGGCUGAGCGUCUCAAGCCCCGCUGCCGGGAUGUAAUCGUUCUGACCGAGCUGCUGGCGUCGCGGCAAAAGGCCGACAAACUGCUGGAGGUGGAGUUUGCGCGCCGUGCGUUCCAGCCGGAGCAGAGGUCAGAACAGAAACCGGCCGGAGACGGGGCACCAGCCGAAGGACGGACUAACCUUGAACAGCCGUCCUCUGUACCAGACGCCGCCGGGGACACCCCAGACCCGAACGAUGCGGGCGAGAUCCGCGUCUCGGACGAGUUCCGUCGGGACGUGGAGCGCACACUGCGGCUGUUCCUCUCGGACCCGAGCCGCCGCGAGCUGGCGCUGCCCCUGAACCAAUCGGAGCAGGGCCGGCACAAGCUGGCCCACAUCUGUGUUCGCUGCCGCGAGCUGGGACUGCAGUUUGUAGGCGUGGAGGACGGUGGACGGCCGCGGGUGGUGAAGACAGACUAGAUGUGGUCUGUGGACAGACUAGUCUGUGGACACGGGACAGACUAGUCUGUGGUGAGCAGUGUCCGGCUGUGGGGAUAACGAGCGACUCGGGAAGAGUCGUGUGUGAAGGGAGGGCAGCGGAGAGCUGUGUGCUGGACGCGGGAAGCCAGUGAUGCCGCCCCGCUUGGCGGAGGCUAGCUGAUGCCCAAAGGGAUGGCGCAUACGCCGUAGAAGAUGUGUACCUAAACGGCGUUGGAACAGGAAUCGCAGGCCUUCUUUGGAAUAAGCUACUAAACAGGGUUUGAGCUGCAACUCAAGUGUUCAGGUAAGUGAGCUGAAGUGUUGUGUCAUGUCUGGGCGCCGUUUCUGUGCCUGGUAUUGUUAUUGUUUGCCGCCCUACAUUAGAGGGUUUCCUCCACAUUUGGAAACGCUAUGAACAGGGCCGUCUCAGAAGGGCUGUGUCCCACCGGCCUGUACAGUGUACAAAGUAAUGCACUAUGUUCGUUCGCUCCCAAAACUGUGACCAUGCAUGUUAUGAAGAACUAUUGAAGCCAAGAAUACAGUUUGAGUUUUUUA